UUUCCACCAGAAAAUAACUGACGACUGCGGUUACUCCACCACUAAGGACGCUCUAAAAACGUAAAAAUAAAAAUACGGACAACUUAUCCACCUUUUCAUUUGAAAGUAGGCCAUUUAUGUUUGCCAGUAACUUGAUAAGGGGAAAAGAAAAGGAGUAGCAUUGAAAAUCGCAAAGAUUUGUCUCAUUUGUGGAAAGGUACCGUGUCUUCAAGGAUGGGGUAUUUGGAGAAUAUUUAUCUUGCCGUAAAAAAGUGAGAACAAUCAUUGUCCUUCUAUAGUGGAAAAAAGAACAUUGUUACGGAAUUUGUGUUUGACUCUUUUGAAGCGUAGAAACGAAAGCACCUUGAUGCGGGGAAGUCGCCGUUGAUUUGGUGUUGGUGCUGUACAUACCCACUAUCAACCACACAAUGAAAGGAGGAAGAAAGUGGUUUAGCAGCCAAGAAUAUGUUUGGCUGUGCAGCUCUUGAAUCAUGUUCACAGGACGGCUAAAGCGCAGCGAGAGUCCAUCCCCUUAUUCUGAUGUUCAUUAUCACAACAAGGGACAUCCAAUCAAGCACAUAUCUCAUCGAUUCCAACCACGGAUUGUGUAACGCAUUUAGGGGAAAUAGCUGCUGUGUUUGAGGGACAGUUACGCGCAUCAACUCAAAAGAUACCCUGCCUGUUCUCUGGAACGGAAUUCAAUAUUCGUGUUUUCGUUACCAGUAAUUGUUGGGAGCCAUACUCCAGGGCAAACAAUAAUCGCUCACAGCAACACGCAAAUCAUGCCCUGUUGUUUUAUCUGGAAAUAAUACGUAUUGUUAAUUCAGGGAAGUGAUUCCGCAUAGGUAGUUUAUUCUGUCAAUCGAUUAAGAAAGAGACAUCUGAUUUUUUGUGAAAUACUGUUAUCGGAUAAGGGGAAGCUGUCUUAAUAUCUUGUUCUUGAUGUGUCCCAACCAUGGAUAGAUUACGACAAUAUUAAUUAUAACACGGUUAGAAAGCAUAAUAAAUUAGCAUUGGCAUUGCUUAUACUUCGUUCAGCUCAGAUUUAGCGAUGAUAGGUUGUGAUGGGAAGGCACGAGCAAUGUGCCCACAUGACGCUGUUUUCUAACCGUUCGAACUGCAAGGAGUUAAUGUGACAGCGCUUGAUGUUUUCCCGUUUGCAGACUUUGAGUGACGCGAUCGUCUCGUUUUCCUCUAAGCUUGCCUGUUGCAGCUCCCAACACGGAGUGUGGAUCGCGUUUAGGAGGGGUUUUCCGCCGUACUACUGGUCCACUGUGAUAUCUUCGUCGAGAAGGAGGGAGAAAUUAGCCUCUUCGUCACAUCUGCCUUUCCCUUCAGUUGGACUUUUUUGUUUGAAAACUGCCGAUCUAUGUCUGCCUUCUCAAAGCGCCCCAGGUGUCGUGUAUGAAAGCGCCGCAAUCAAAGGAGAGCGUAGCAGCUCGGAAUCUGUGAGGCUCGAAGCAACUCUUCGGAGAUCCCAAAACCAACAUGCCGAGGAGGAAACAGCAGGCGCCCCGGCGGGCGGCAGCAUAUGUUCCUGAAGACCUGAAGGAAACUGCCUUGCUCGAUGAGGGUGUGGAAGAGACAGAUGUUGCGAUGGAGGAGGAGCCCCCAGCCAAGUACAGAUGUUCAGAGGAGGACUUGCCCGGCAAGGACCCCCCGGGCCUCCGGGACUCCCCCACGGGCGGGCUUUCCAGCCGUGAGAUUGACAGCGAGUCGCACCUCAGCGAGUCCAGCGACCGGAUGUCCGACUUCGAGAGCGCCUCCAUCAAAAACGAGGAGACGCUCAAAGAGCCUUCGAUGACGCCAACACCAACAAUGAAGCCAGUGGUGGGCGAAGAGGCCACUGCCGGACCAGAUAGCUUGGACCGCAUGAAGGCCAUCUACACCAGCUUCCUGACCAACUCCUACUGGUCGUCUCUCAGCCUGAACUUGGCCCAGUCAGAGGUGGAGAAGUCCCAGAAGAGCAGCAGCAGCAGUAGCAGCAGCAGCAGCAGCAGCUGCAGCAGUGGCGGCUAUGACUGGCACCAGUCUGCCAUCGCCAAGAGCCUGCAGCAGGCCUCCCAGAGCAACCAGCUUUCCCCGGAGCCGAACCUCUUCAGCACCGUGCAGGUUCAGCCGCAGAAGCCCAAGCUGUUCGGCUCGGUCUUCACCGGGGCCAGCAAGUUCCGCUGCAAGGACUGCAGCGGCGCCUACGACACCUUGGUCGGCCUGACCGUUCACAUGAACGAAACCGGCCACUACCGGGACGACAACCACGAGAAGGAUGGCAAGGGCGCCAAGCGAUGGUCCAAACCACGCAAGCGCUCCCUCAUGGAGAUGGAGGGUCAGGAGGACGCCCAGCGGGUACUGAAAUGCAUGUACUGCGGCCAUUCCUUCGAGUCUCUGCAGGACCUCAGCGUCCACAUGAUCAAGACCAAACAUUACCAGAAAGUGCCUCUUAAGGAGCCUAUGAACCCUGUGGCUACCAAAUUAAUGUCCUCCCUCCGGAAAAGAAGCCCCGUGGAGCUGGAACAUCCCAGCUCCCCAGAAUCGCCCGCGGGGACCCCUAAACCCCCCCUGUUGGACACCGUCCUGCAGAAGGCCACCCACCAGUACGUUACCUCCAGAAACCGGCAGGGGCAACAGAACGGCACCAGCUAUGCCUGGCAGUUUGAGUCGCGGAAGUCCCAGAUCCUAAAGUGCAUGGAGUGCGGGAGCUCGUACAACAACCUGCAGGAGCUGACCGCACACAUGAUGGUGACAGGACACUUCAUGAAGGUCACAAACUCCUCCGUCAAGAGAGGCAAGCACGUCACAGAGUCCCUGCUCACGCCGCUGCUGUCCGCCCCGGCCGAGAAGAAGUUCCAGUCCGUGCCGCUGGCUGCCACCACGUUCCCUGCCCCGCCUGCGGUGACAUCCGCAAGCAUCUCCCCACAUCUCCGCAUGGAGAUCAAGGAGGAGGAGAAAGAGAAGUCUUGCACCACGGAGAUUGGUGACAAAGAUUCUCCGGCACCUGUAGAGGAGGAGAACAAAGAUGAUGUGAAAGCAAAUGUUUCCAAAUAUCACUACUUGACUGAAGAUGACCUGAAGGACAGUCCUAAAGGAGGGUUUGACAUUCUCAAAUCUCUGGAAAACACUGUAACGUCGGCCAUCAACAAAGCGCAGAAUGGAACCCCGAGCUGGGGAGGCUACCCCAGCAUUCACGCCGCCUACCAGCUCCCAAACCUUGUGAACCUCUCCUUGGCUUCCUCUGAGAAACAUUCUCACCUGAAAUACAUGUUCGCAGGAGAGUCUCUGUCCCCAAAUAAAAGCCAAGUGCAUGUCCCACCCACCGGCUCACCUCUGCCCCAAAACAACUUCCAUGCAAUGGAGGAGCUUGUCAAGAAGGUCACAGAGAAAGUGGCCAAGGUCGAGGAGAAGAUGAAGAACCACAGGGCCAAAGCGUCUCCGCACAGACGGGCGACACCCUCUCCCUGCAGCAGUGACACAGGGGGCUCCUCCAGAAGGAACUCCCCCAAAGACAGGAGGGCCGAAACCCCUGAGGCCAACAGCGUUAACCACAAAAACUGUAAUGGCAAUAGCCUGGCGAAGGAGACGCUUGAGAAUGGGACGGACUCUGCAAAAAUCCCGCCGUCUGCUCUCUGCGGGAGCACUGCCAUCAUUACAGACCACCCGCCUGAGCAGCCGUUCAUUAACCCCUUAAGUGCGCUUCAGUCCAUCAUGAACGUUCACCUGGGCAAAGCCGCCAAGCCGGCGUUGCCGACCAUGGACCCGAUGAGCAUGCUGUUCAAAAUGAGCAACAGCCUGGCGGAGAAGGCCGCAGUGGCCACCCCGCCGGCUCAGACCAAAAAGAACGGGCAGGCGGAACGCUACUUCUAUCAGGCCAGUGAGGAUCAGCCUAUCGAUCUGACCAAAGGCAAGCGUGGCAAAAGCGGUUCACCCGGGUCCACUCUGCCACCGCCCACGUCUACGUCUACGUCUACGCCAUCCUCGAUUCCCUUUUCCUCUCUGUCAUCCGUGACUAUGGCGAAGACGUCCUUGGCGACACCGUUCAUUUCAAACUCGCCCGUGCGCGAGAACGCCUUGUCGGACAUCUCGGACAUGCUGAGGAACCUGACAGAGGGUCACAUGUCCAAAUCCUCCACGCCCGCCAGCCUGUCAGAACAGCCGGACCCAGAGGGCUUGACCCUAGAGGAGCCGGAAGAGUCUUCGCCGGCCCAGAAAAGGAAGGGACGGCAGUCCAACUGGAACCCCCAGCACCUGCUGAUCCUCCAGGCCCAGUUCACCUCCAGCUUACGGCAGGGCGCGGAUGGGAAGUUUGUCAUGUCGGACCUCAGCCCCCAGGAGCGGAUGUACACCUCCCGCUUCACCGGCCUCUCCAUGACGACCAUCAGCCACUGGCUGGCCAAUGUAAAAUACCAGCUGAGGAGGACUGGCGGGACCAAGUUCUUGAAGAACCUGGACUCGUGCAACCCCGUGUUCUUCUGCAGCGACUGUGCCUCGCAGGUCCGGACUCCCUCCGCAUACAUCACGCACCUGGAGUCACACCUGGGCUUCAGGCUGAGGGACCUGGCCAAACUGUCGACCGAGCAGACGGGCGCUCGGCACGCCAGAGGUCUGUCGGACAAGCUGCUCCUCGCUCAGUCCCCCUCCCCCUCUCCCUCGCCCAGCCCCUCGCCCUCCCUGGAAGAUGAGGGGAACGGGACGCCCUAUCAGUGCAAGCUUUGCAACCGGACUUUUGGAAGUAAACACGCCAUCAAGCUCCACCUUAGCAAGACGCACGGGAAGUCUCCCGAGGACCACCUCCUCUAUGUGUGUGAGCUGGAGAAGCAGUGAGGCCAGCCUAGGACACGACACGCACUCCUGCUCGCCUGCUAGCUGACGGUUUUAAAAAAAGAAAAAGAAAAACUGCACAAGAUGCCGUAAAACUACUGUCUAGAUUUUGCACACAAUUUAUCUUUGGAGGAGACUUACUCUGGCCCAAAAUUUUUUUUUUUUGGUUAUUGUUUUCAAAGAUUUAUUUUCUAAUUGUACAGCGUUGAAUAGAGAGGUGCUGCAUUAUUAGCUGUUGUUACACUAAAAGUAUGAAGGGUUAAAAAAAACACCAUUUCAAAUGAAGUGGUGUAUGUUUGAAAUUUGUGUAAAUUGCUUUCCUGUUUCAUUGCAUCCUCGAGAUGCGUAAAGUCGCAUGCAUUUAUGGGCUGUUUAGUUGAGCUUUUUGAAACUAAAUAUGGUCCACUUUUUCUUUGAUAUAAUGUGACCUGUAUGCUGGGAUCAGCAUCUGGCCUUUAACCCUCUGAGUACGGUCAAACUCUUCUGCUUUAACACUCAAACCCAAUAUUUAGGGGACAUGUCAUGAGAUAAAUACAGGCCAAAUGGAUUUAUCUGAAAGACACUUAUGUUUCUUAUUUUCAACCGUUACAAAUCAUUCACUAGAUUUAUGUCCUGCAAAGAUGGAUCAAUCCAAAUCUGAAAGCAUUUUUUCAUGAAAUCAGGGGCCUUUAUGAAUUCAGGUCUGUGUAAGAAAAUGUAUAAAUAUAUGAAUAUAUAUAAGCAGUUCCUGUCUAAAUUAUGCAUCAUUUUUUUAUAUUUUUAAUUUAAAAAGACUAUUACUAUGUAUUGGUGCACAAUAUAUGAAGACAUUAAUAAAAUUGUUUUGCACAAAAUUUUAUAAAUGUUAUUUAAUCAAAUUACAGAAAUAGAAAAAAAAAGCUUUUUUUUUUUCCAUCUCGUGCUCAAAGGGUUAAACCUCUGGUACAAAUCUGUACUGUAAGAUAACAUUUGUACAAAAGAUGCUACUUUAAAAAUAAGGUAUUCCAUGAUACAAUGUCUUAUUUAUAAGUGCUCUUGGUUGUCAUUUCAUAACGUAGAAUGCCUUUUGUAUUGGUAACUCUUUAUUUGUUGUUACGUUUAAUUGCUCUCCUGUAAUUCCAUAUUGCAGCUUUAUCUUUUAGGGAAAUGAGGUAGCCAUGGUUACCAGCACACUGAUUGACAGUUUGGCGGUAUUUUUGGCAGUUAAUUUGCAGAAGUAACUGACAGAUGACAGCGUAUGAAAAUCUCUGUGUAAAAUAUCAGCAUGUAAACAGCACAGACACUGUCAAAGCCCUCUGCUCUGUGUUUUUUUUCUGUUGAUGACAAUGAAGCACCGAUUAUAUGAAUUCAUAUAACCUUUUUUUCUACUGAAUCAUUAAAAACCUUUUUUUUUGCUAUGA